GUGAUACCAUGUGAUAUUUAUCACGUCACACGGAAUCCCACUUUCCGUUUUCACAGAUGAUAAUGAUAUUAAUUGGCACUUUUUACAAUUAUUUAAUUAAUUUCAAGAACACAUAUACUUAAACAAUGGCCGAGGUUUUUAAUAUGGAGCUACGGGAAGGCGAGGAUGAGCCAUCGGAUGAGGAAUUCGCACCGGAGUUGGCACAACAUCAGUUGCACAGAGACCUUUCAAGGGCAAAUGAUCCGCUAGAGGAAGGCAUGGAAACAUUGGAGCUGACAGAAAAUACCGUAAAUCCAGGCAGAACCAAAGUCAGCACAUUUGACUUUGAACUUCUCAAAGUUUUAGGGAAAGGUGGAUAUGGAAAGGUAUUUCAAGUACGAAAAGUCUCAGGGCAAGACAAAGGGAACAUAUUUGCCAUGAAAGUACUGAAAAAGGCAACUAUUGCCAGAAAUGCCAAAGAUACUGCUCACACUAAAGCUGAGAGAAACAUACUUGAAUGUGUCAAGCACCCGUUCAUAGUAGACCUGAUCUAUGCAUUCCAAACUGGCGGCAAGCUGUACCUGAUCUUGGAGUACCUCCCUGGUGGAGAGCUCUUCAUGCAGCUUGAAAGGGAGGGAAUCUUCAUGGAGGACACAGCCUGUUUCUACCUGUCUGAGAUAACACUGGCUAUAGAACACCUGCAUUCUCAUGGAAUAGUGUAUCGUGACCUCAAGCCAGAAAAUAUUCUCUUAGAUCUACAAGGACAUGUGAAGUUGACAGAUUUUGGUCUGUGCAAGGAGUCAGUUUUAGAGGGAUCUGUGACACACACCUUCUGUGGAACCAUAGAAUACAUGGCCCCUGAAAUCUUAAUGAGGACCGGUCAUGGCAAGGCAGUGGACUGGUGGAGCCUGGGGGCACUCAUGUACGACAUGCUUACUGGAGCUCCUCCAUUUACAGGUGAAAAUAGAAAGAAAACAAUAGACAAGGUGCUGAAAGCCAAGCUCAGUCUGCCGCCUUACUUAACCAAUGAUGCAAGAGGGCUUAUCAAAAAGCUGUUACGAAAGCAGCCCCAUGAGCGUCUUGGUGGCGGCAAAGAUGACGCAACUUCUAUAAAGGCACAUUCUUUCUUCCGUCACAUUGACUGGAAUGAUUUGAUCAACAGAAAGGUGGAGCCUCCUUUUAAGCCAUCUUUGACUAAUGAUGAGGAUGUGAGUCAGUUUGAUACAAAGUUUACGAAGCAGACGCCAGUGGACUCACCAGACGACACUGUCCUAAGUGAAAGUCAGAAUAAAGCAUUCCAGGGCUUUUCAUACGUUGCACCAUCUGUGUUAGAAGAUCUCAAUAAACCAUGGAUCGAGGAAAGAAAUGUCAGGUCACCCAGAAAGCACGGCAACUCAUUCCGUAUGAGAGCCAGCCAUAGCCCGAUGACAGACGGGUUUGAAAUGGCCACCGGUCCUGCCCAGCAAGCAGCAGCAGAUGGAUAUGAGGCCAUGGACACUUCAUGUCAGCCUGCACAGCGCACGCAACCACAAAACCUUAGCUCCAAGCCAUAUAAGCAAGCCGCUAUGCCAAUUAAACAGCAACGACCCAAACAUAUACUAUAGUAACUAACUAGACUUUUAUAGAAAUUUUCAAAUUAAAGGCUAAGCAAGGUGUUUCCCAAAUUUCAGCAUGAGUGAAAGUUAUUUAGCUUUAAUUUUGAUGGGUUUUAAAAUUAAUAAACCACAGCUAGUAUUUUUGCUUCAAGUACAAGCUUGGUAAACAUUGUUUCAAUUUAUUUGCUUUGUUUGUGUUUUUAUGACCCCGGAUGGAAUGAUUGGGGGCAUAUUGUUUUUUGCCUAUCUGUCAUUCUGUCUCUAAACUUUAACCUUGGUUCAAGUUUUGCGAUAACUUUUGCAAUAUUGAAGAUAGCAACUUGAUAUUUGGCAUGCAUGCGUAUUUCAUGAAGCUGCACAUUUUGAGUGGUGAAAGGUCAAGGUCAUUCUUCAAGGUCAAAAGUUAAAAAAAAUACAAUCCAAGGGAAGUAAUAAGCUUUGAAAGGGAGAUAAUUUCUAAACCUGCCAAAUGAUAUAUUGAAAUAUUAUUUCAAAACGGCGCAAUAGGUGGCAUUCUGUUUCUGACAAGCAUAUCUCUUGUUUAAAUUUUUAUCUUGAUAAAGAUUCAUUCCUUUUAUUUAAUAAUUUAGAGCAUCUUACUUUUUGACAAGUGCACCAUGAUUGAAACUUGGGGAAAACUUUGCCUAUGUCUAGUCAAGCUGUGUUAUUUUAGUAAAAUGUGUUUCUCUGAAUAAAACAGUGUUCAAUUUGCUGUAUCUGAUAUGUUGUUAAGACUUUUCAUUCAAUAUGUAAACAUAAAGUAAAGCAUCUUUAUUUAGACUACAAAAAAAUGUCUGUGGUAAUUAAGUGUUUAUUUUCAAUUUUCUACAUUUACUCAAUUAAAUUUCAAUAGCUUAUUUUCAAAUAAUUCACCUUUAAUUGUUUAAGAUAUUAAUGUUACAAAAGUUGUCUAAAAAAAAGAGGUUGUACUGUUUGUUUUAAGUGUGCAUGAACACAAACAAAACUGUCAAGUUAGUUUAGUUAUUGAAAACUGCUUGAUAUUUCAUAUUGUUACAUUAUUGUUAAUACUGAUGUAAUCAGAAAUAAGAAGAAAGCGGUUAAUGCCUUUUUGAAUUUAACAGAUUUUAAGAAAAUAUUUGCAAUGUCAUGGACAGUAUGUUAAUUUUUAUAAUGAUAUGAAUAUGUAUGAAAGUAUUUGAGGGUAGGGUAUAAGGACAAUUAUCUACUUAUUGUCAUUGUUAAAAACCUGCAUUUUAAUUUCAUGCAUAUCGUUUGUCUUACCAAGUUAAACUUAUUAAUAGAGCAGUUAAAACCAGUUAAUUUGGAACAUGGGAAAGUAUUAUGCCAUGGUGCAACUUUAAUCAACUAGUAAUAUCUCAUGUACCUUGUAAUGAAUAUGUUGCUGUGUGUUCAUGUAAAAUUUUUAUUUGACCCUUUCUCAUUUCAAAAUCUAGAUGAAAAUUAUGUUUUGGAUUCAUGCAACAGAAGUUUCCAACGGGAAAAAACACAAAAAAAUGUUUCAUUCAGGAAGCUGUUCUAUAUUAUUAUUUUACUUUUUUCCUUUUUAACAAUAACUUGUUCUUUUUAAACCGUUUUCUGAUGGUAGUUUUAAUGUAGGUUACAUUUGUCCUACAUCUACACGGGUUACGCCAUAUCGUAUGUGUAUCAGUUUCAAUAUUGUUCUAAGGUUUGUUCAUUAUGUUUUACAAUAGACCAUGUUAAUUUAAAAUGUUUGUUUUAAAAUUAUUUUAGGAUAAUGUUUAUAAUUUUAUUUUGUUUAUUUAUUUCACACUUUCCCACUGGUUUAGAAAUGUAAUCUGUUAUUAGUUGCAGAUAGGGUAAGCUUAAUUGGACCUAUUCACAAAUUGUCAAAUUGUUAUUUUGUUUCAACAGAUACUAAAGUUUAAAACUUAAAAUUUAAUAUGAACAAUAAUAAAAAAUACACCUGCUGAGACAUUAACUGAAAAUUUCUUUAAAUAUAUAUAUAAAUAUAUAAUUUGUUUGAUUCAGUGGAACAUCGAUUUUAAAUCACGAGUGAUCAUAGAAAAUAAUAUGUUGACGAGUGUCACAUCCACAAGUGAAAACAUUUUUUUUUAAAGAUGAUCACCAGUGAAUUAAAAUCCACCGAAUCCACAAAUUUUAUAUUAAUUUUAGGCUUUUUUUCACUGAUUUUUUACAUUGGAAAAGAGUUUACGGGAUAAUUUUGUUGGAAUAAUGACGUCAUUUUGUAAAAAAAUGAUGUUAUUUCACAGUAAAACGAAAAUUAUCGAUUAUUUUCACUGUUAUUUUUCACUGUUUAAAACAGUGAAUUAUCAGUUUCAAUUCACUGAUAUUUCUCUAAAACCAUUGGAAAGCAUAAUAAAUUAUAAUGUGUGAUAUUUAGAUGAUAUGAAACAGGAGUCUUUUAUAAAUAAUAAUAUUUACUCUUCCAUCAAACCUUUGGAACACAAACACUGCCAAUGAAAUACACGGAUACACAGCACAGUUGUUGCUUUUGACCUCACCAAUCAAAACCAUCAACUCUCACUAUAACCUUGACCAUAUAUUGGUACAAAGUGUGAAUGAGACGGACUGGUAAGCACUGACAUGUUUUCGUCGUGAUUUCUGUAAGGAUCCUGCUGUUUGACUAGUGAAAUGUUUUUGUUUAUUAAGCUUAUGGCAUACCAGUACAAUCUGCAAAUAUGUGAUUACUUUCUUUAGUUAAACCACGUUUACAAUGAUAGAAUAAUAUGUAUGAGUACAUGUAUAAAACCUUGUACAAUUAAUUAACUGAAUAAAAUCAUUGUCCUAUUACUAACGAUCCUCCAUCUAAAUAUUGUCUGUUUGUUUUAAGUUUUUUACACUAAAUCUGGUAAAUCACCAGUAGCAAUUGUUAAAAUUCAUUUCUGUUAAUAAAUAGACAUACACAGACCAUGUCGCCUUUCUUUACAGGUUAUUCUGUGUGUACAAGGGUAAACAAUAUCCUGUUGUUGUUGUUGUUUUUUUAAACCUUGUGAAUGCUGCUCAUUGUCCUUAAGGCAUUCGCCUACAUUGAUAGAGGACACCUUUGAUAUUGAUGAUUGUAACAUAGCAUAUUAUUGGAACAAUUGUGAUUGGUUGGUGUCCAGGAGAUCCAUGUUUGCUUAUUAUCUUGAACAGUGAAUCAGGACACUUAAAGAUAAUGUUUGUGGGCAUAACAAACCAUUAAGAUAAUUUGGAGCUUUUCUAAACUUUGGUUCUUAAAUAUAGAAAAAAAAGACCAAAUAAACUUUUUCUGCUGUCUGACUUUAACAGCUUAAAUUUAAUCAUCAUAUAACUUGCUAAUGGUGACUGGGCAUAAUAUCUGAGAAAGUUUUGCUAACCAGACAAAUUGCUUGAAGAACUUUUUAAUCAUGCCCCAUGAAAUAAAAAAAAGCCAAAUUAAACUUUUCAA